AUGGGAAACUGUAUAAGAAAAGAGUCCUCCAUGCAAUGGGGAGGGGAAGACUGGGGCUUCCAGUCUCCGGUACCAGAAAUUAACGAAAAUUUGUGUCAUCGUAAAACGAUGAAGCUAGAGGAAGAUCAACUCCUCAUGAGUAAGAGAAGCAAUCUUUCUUCUUCAACGCAAGUAUUAGUAAAAGAAGUAAAAGUUAAGAUCACGAAGAAGCAGUUGUCAGAGCUGAUGGGUAAGGCAGACGUGCAAGGCCUAUCCGUACAUCAACUGUUCACGCAGUUGAUGAACGUUAGUGAGAGAUUUGAGCUGCAUCAACACUCGUGGAGGCCUGCCUUACAGAGUAUACCAGAGGACAGUUAA